CUUUUAUACAGUUUUGAAGUUGGGGUUGAAUUAACAUUUCCCUUGCACCGAAAACCUUCAACUCUGAUUCAGUUACUCCAAUUUCUUGUUUGAGUUGUUCGAUAAUCCAUCAUGCCUCGGUUAACCAAUUUCACUGUUUUUAGGUUAACGCUUUCUAGAUACCACAUUGCGUUAGGUUCUACCUGGAGAGGAAGAUUUUUAUCGACAGAGUCUAAUAAAAUCGAUGAACCGCUCAAAGUAGAAGAAGCCGAAACGAUAAACGUUCCACCGCCUCCGGCUGAGAAGUUACUUGUGCUUGGUGGAAGUGGGUUUGUUGGCUCGCAUAUAUGUAAAGAAGCUUUAAAUCGUGGCUUGUCGGUUUCUAGCCUUAGUAGAUCUGGCAACUACUCUAUUCAGGAACCGUGGGCUAAAAAUGUGCAGUGGCAUCAAGGGGACUUGCUAUCUGGAAGCUCAUGGAAGGAAGCACUAAGUGGAGUGACCUCUAUUGUGUCUUGUGUUGGUGGUUUUGGUUCCAAUUCCUACAUGUACAAGAUCAAUGGAACUGCUAAUAUCUCAGUCAUUAGAGCUGCUGCUGAAAAAGGGGUUAAAAGAUUUGUUUAUGUAUCUGCUGCUGACUGUGGUGUGAUGAAUUACAUUCUACAAGGAUAUUAUGAUGGAAAGAGAGCAGCAGAAACAGAGUUGGUGAGAUAUCCUUAUGGACAUGUGAUUCUGAGGCCCGGAUUCAUUUACGGAAAUCGUCGCGUUGGCAACCUGGAGUUACCUUUGGGUGUCAUCGGUUCUCCACUAGAGAUGGUUCUCCAACAUGCAAAGCCACUGAGCGAGGUUCCACUUGUGGGUCCACUGUUGACGCCACCCGUCAAUGUUACAGCUGUAGCUAAAGUAGCGGUUAGAGCAGCUAUUGAUCCCGUGUUUCCUCCUGGCAUAGUUGAUGUCCAUGGGUUAUUGCGUUACAGCCAACAGAAGUAAAAUCGAUACUGCACAAAAUUAUAACAGAGUCCCUUCAGUAUGUAGUUUUCGCUGAUUCUUUUUUUUUUUCUUUUUAAUCUUUUUCAGAAUAAAAACCAAUAUUGCAUCUUGGUAUGAUGAAAUGUUAAACGCUUUUCUUUAUUUCUAGUUUUUUUAAUUA